AUGAUGAAUCCUCUUGGAUGUGCAUUACUACUGGCGCUGACUGGAAGUGUGGUUUCCUUCACAUCCACCCGUCCUUCCCAUGCUCAAAUAAUAUCACCACUUUUUAGCACUCCUACUGAAACUGUCUCCACUCCAACCGAACUUCCAGAUUCCAUGGAAGAUGCGGCAGAAAUUGCUGCAAAAGCUUGUGCCCAGUUCGCGGAAGCCAGCGGUCCAUUGGGACGGUGCCGAAUUACCUUUGAUACUUCUGCUGGAGAUGAAACGUAUACAAUCCUAAAGACGUCAUCAGAGUUUAUGCAAAACGUGGUGUCCUAUGUGUGUUAUCAAAUGAUUCCUGGUCUACAAGAAAUCCGACAGGGGGAAAUGAUGAAGGUGGCCCAAGCCCGUGCCGAAUUGCAAGCCAUUUUGGAUCAAGAAGAAGCAGGUGAUGCUGAUGUUGACCAAGAAAAGAAGGCUAGUUGCAUACAAAUCUUAGAAACUGGUGGACGAGAUCCUGACUAUAAAUGGGAGGGCCCCAAUGUACGAGUAUACUUCCCAGACGAGGGAUCUGCUGCUUUGGCAAGACGCGACUGGAUGGGAAACUCGGCAGCGGAAUCCAAGGUUCCACCCUGUGUGCUCUUUUCUUCCUGUGGUGGUGUGCAAAUGGGCGAUGUCAGCAAGGACGAAAUCAUCUUUUUCUUUUGUCCCAAAGCUUCGGAAAGUGGAGAUGUCGAAAAACUCUUGAUGAAAACCGAAACUACUUCUGACAAUUUGAAACUAACGGUCUUUGUGAACCCCAACUUGGUCGAUAUGGGUGUCACUGGAUUCGGUAUGGCGGGACGACAACUGCGUGAACGCUUGUUGGAUGGAUUGGUCGAUACCUACUAUUUGAGAACCCUUCAAUGGGGAGCCUUAACAAGAACCUGGCCAAAUGCCUAUAGUGUAUGGCAAGAAGAUGAAGAGUCCGAAGGAGGAUACAAACUCAUCAAGUCGUUGCCCUACUUGCCUUCAAAUCCUGAAGUUGAGGAUAUUUAUGAUAUUGCUAAUGGAUUGAUGGAUGAAAGGGAAGGUGGCGGUUUCCUGGAUCAAUUCGGAGAUUUUGUAAAUGGAAUGAUGAGAUUGUAG